CACUGACCGGCGCGCUGCCCUGGUCCGACGGCCUCCCUCCUUCUGUCCUUUCGGCUGCAGCAGCCUCCCCUCCUCCUCCUCCUCCCCUCCUUGCAGCCGCUCUUCCCGCGCGUCCCCGAGGGCCAAGGGUGGGAAGUGCGAGUUUCCGCUCCUCCGCUUGUCUGUCCCCGGCCGCCUCCGCCUGCAAGUCCGCAGAGCAGCCCAGGCAGCGGCAACGGCAGGAAGCUCGCCGGGAGACGCAACGCCGCCGACGGCUCUCCCCCGCCUAACCCUGCGAGGCGGCGGCGGCUGCAGGGAACUGGCGAUCGCCGUCUCCAGCGGCGGGAAGCCGUCGGUUGACUUGGCGACGGGGGUCUCUCCGUCCCCUACUCGGCAGCGGGUUCGAGAGGCGCGCCCCCGACGCCAGAGGAGGAGCCCGGCCGGCAGCCGCCGCGCAAGAGAGAGAAAGCGGGAGCGAGGAGAGGGUGGGAUGCCGGAGAGACGCCGAGGGAUCGGGGGAAGCUGCCGCUCGCCGCCCGCCCUCGCGGGAUGGAGCCGCCGCGCCCGCGCCGUCUGAUGCCGCUCCUCCUCCUCUGCUGCUCCUUGGCUCUGCUGCCUCCCGCCGCGCAGCCCGUGUGCCCGGAGCCAUGCGACUGCCAGCAGCAGCAGCACGUCCUGUGCACCAACCGGGGGCUGCGGGCCGUGCCCAAAGCCGUCGAGCCGCAGGACAUCCUCACCUACAGCCUGGGCGGCAACUUCAUCGCCAACAUCUCCGCUUUCGACUUCCACCGCCUGGCGGCGCUGCAGCGCCUCGACUUGCAGUACAACCGCAUCCGCGCACUCCACCCGAAGGCCUUCGAGCGCCUGGCGCGCCUGGAGGAGCUCUACCUGGGGAACAACCUCCUGACGGCCCUGGCACCCGGCACCCUGCGCCCCCUGGCCAAGCUGCGCAUCCUCUACGCCAACGCCAACGAGAUUAGCUCCCUGAGCGCCGCUUCCUUCGCUGGGCUGGGCAGCCUGGUCAAGCUGCGGCUGGACGGCAACGCCUUGGGCUCACUGGGGGACGCCACGUUCUCGGGGAUGUCCAACCUGCUCUAUUUGCACCUGGAAGCCAACCGCAUCCGCUGGCUGAGCCGCAACGCCUUUGCCGGCCUGGGGAAGCUGCGCUUCCUCGACCUGUCGGGGAACCAGCAGAGCCUGCUGCGCCACCCCGACAUCUUCCGGCCGAUGCGUUUGCUCAGCACCCUCCUCCUCUCGGGCAACAGCCUGCAGCAGCUGGGGAAAGGGCUCUUUCAACACCUGCCCAACUUGGCCAAGCUGUCCUUGAGCGGCAACCGCCUGGCUUGGUUGGCGCCAGAAGCCUUCGCCGGCCUGGGGGCCCUCAAGGAGCUGCGCUUGGAUGGGAACGUUCUGAGCCAGCUGCCUGCGCCGCUGCUGCAGCCGCUGCGCAGCCUGGAGGUGCUGGACCUGAGCCACAAUGCCCUGGCCGCUCUCCCGCCGGGUGCCUUCGCUCAGCUGCACAAGCUGCGGGAGCUCAGCUUGCAGGACAACGCCUUGACUACGGUGCCCGGUGACCUCUUUGCCUCCAGCCCCGCACUCUACCGCUUGGAGCUGGAUGGAAAUCCCUGGAGCUGCGACUGCCGCCUGCGAGGCCUGAAGCACUGGCUGGGCUCCUGGCAUGCGCAGGGCCGACUCCUCACGGUGUUUGUGCAGUGCCGGCAGCCGAGGGCCCUGGCUGGGAAAUACCUCGAUUACCUGGAGGACUCCCAGCUCCCGAUGGCUCUCAACGGCUCCUCUUGCCCCAACGUGGUGGCCUCCUCUCCUGCCCCGCUUGCUAGGGGCAACAGCAGCUCGGGCCUAGGCCUAGUGCAGGAGAAGGUCGGCUCGUUGCCCUCUGCCUCGACCAUGCAGCUGCUGGGCUCUCAGAAGAUCUUGGCGUCCGGGAGAGAGAGCUGGGCAGCUGAGACGGGCCCCACAACCUCAACGCCCGGCUUGCACCUCAACACCAGGCCACCUUCCCUACCUGGAGCUGCUUGGCCCAGGCGGGCAGGCAAAUACCACUCAGUCUCGUCCGGCAUCCCUCCGUUGGUCACCGACCCCUGCGAUUUCAACAAGCUGUUCCUCUACAACCUGUCAGUGGAGGCCGUCAGCUCUGGCACGGUGACGGUGCGCUGGGGGGUCCGCCCGCACCGCAGCCCCCGCCUGCUUGGCCCUGUGCGCUUCAGAGUCCUCUUCGACCGCUUCGGGGCCGCCACCAAGUUCCAGCGGUUUGUUUACCUCCCCGAGUGGAGCGAGCCUGUGGCCACCCUGCAGGAGCUGCGCCCCGACACCCCUUACCUGGUCUGCGUGGAGGGCGUGAUCGGGGGCCGCGUCUGCCCGGUGGCGCCGAGGGACCAUUGUGCAGGGCUGGUCACCCUGCCCGAAGAAGGUGCGGGCGCUUCCGCCGCCGUGGCGGGCAGAUCCCCAAACCUGGACCACCAACUCCUCACCCUGGUGCUGCUGGCGGUCAAUGCGUUGCUGCUCUUCCUGGCCCUGGCGGCCUGGGCUUCCCGCCUGGUGCGGAAGAAGGUGCUGGGCUGCCGGCGGCGGAAGGCAGCGUCGCCCGUGCACGUCCGGCAGAUGUAUUCGACUCGCCGGCCCCUGCGCUAUGGGACGGGCGUCUCCGCCGACUUUUCCGGCUUCCAGUCCCACCGCCCGCCCCGAAGUGCGGUCUGUGCCUUGAGCGAGGCUGACCUCAUUGAGUUCCCGUGUGAGCGCUUCAUCGACAGUGGCGCCGGAGGGAACAGCAGCGCCCGGCGUGGAGAGGAUCACCUGCUGCAGAGGUUUGCAGACUAGAGCCGCGGAUGGAACAAAAGCUGUGGCUUACGUCGCCACCCUGUUAUGCCAGAAUCAAGUGCCCAGCGUUGAGAUUUGGCAAGGUCUGCUGGGAAUGGCAGCCUUUGGUUGGGUGUACUUAGGUCUUCUGCUGUGCAAAAAUGGCGGCUCAUCAGACGAAUGUUGGAUGGUUCUAGGAUAGGGCAUGCUGGAAAAACAGUAGCAGCAAAGGGGUUCCCUGUUUCUCAUUUGGGGACCAACCCUAGUUAAAGCGGGAUUCUACCACUGUUCUCUUGAAAUUACCACUAUCCUUUACUGUAGCUGAAGGGGCACUGGUUCCUCUUCAUGGGCAACUAUCAACUUGGUGAUGUGGGUUUUAUGGUUGUCCAGUCAUCAGUUUCCACACUGAGAUGGUCUGUUGUUGUUUUCUAAAUAACUAUUCUGUAAUCGUCCCUAACCUGUGGAUAUAAUUCUUUAGCUAAUCCUAAUUACUGUUGGCCAAGAAAUGAACAGAGAUACUAGGAAUGAAACAGAAGAUGGAGAAUGUAACCCUAGACAAGUGUUCAGAGCUCAGGUGGAUUGUGUGCCUUAUCGUUGCUCCGUUUUUGCACCAUUUUACGUGCCAGGUACAUCACUUGAUGCAAGUCCCAGGUCUCCUCUUUAUAGGACUAGGGUCCUGUUACUUCCGCAUAUGAACUGUCUUACAUAUGAGAACUCCACAUACAGCUUAAAUCCCCCCUUACCCACUAGAAUGGUUAAACCAAAUGCUUGUCCAGUGUGGCAUGUGGCCAGCCAGUGUGGCAUGAACACAACAGCCGUCUUCUGCUUGCCUGCUCAAAUUAGUAUUUAGAACGGGGUUUCCUAAACUUGGGUCUCCAGCUGUUUUUGGACUACAACUCCCAUCAUCCCUCACUAGCAGGACCAGUGGUCAGGGAUGAUGGGAAUUGUAGUCCAAGGCAACUCAAGUUUGGGAAACUCUUGAUUUAGAGGCAUGCUAUCUCUCCAAACUCUAUAGCCAUCAAUAGCCUUACUUUUCAUUGAAUUUGUUUAAUCCCUGGUUUUUGCUGGCGGCCAUCUGUACACCUUGUGGCAGGGAGUUCCAUAGUUUAUGCGCUGCUCGAAGAAGAGCUUGCUUUUGUCUGUCCUCAUCUCACACCCUUCAGCUUCGUUGAAUGAUCCCAUGUUCUCACGUUAAUGACAAGGAGGAAAGCUUCUCCACCUGCUUUCUCCAUGUGGUGGAUACUUUUUAUUUACCUCUGCCAUAUCCCACCUCAACUUUUCUCCAAACUGAAAAGGUUGAAGCAUUUGUGACCUUCCCUUACGGAGGAGUUGCGCCAGCUCCGUUUAUACCACCUAAAUGUACGGAGCCUACGCAUGGUGCUUCUGCCACCGCUGGGUAUAUGCUGGCACUGCCAUGCACUUGUUGCCAGGGAAAUGUCUAACCCAUCCCUAAGUCCAUACAGUGCCUGAUUUGCAGACCGUUUGAAUCAAUGACGUUUCAGACACUGACUUCCUUGAUCUUUGCACCAGCCUUUAUUGAAAACGAGCCAGGCUUGCUUCUCUUUUGAGUAAUGUGAAGGCAGAUUACUGCUAUGACAUGGGGACUGUUGUUCAUAGGUUUCCAAACUUGAACACUAGACUUUUAACUCUAGUCAACUUUUUGAGCCCUAGUCUUUGACUCAGACCCUCCCCCCCCCCACAAGAGGUGCCUUGGAAAAAAACCUUAACAUGCAAGUAAUUAGAAGAAACUAGAACAGUGCUUUUUUUAAAAAAAAACCUGGCCAGAGCCUUUUUUUAAUUAGCUCAAAUCAACGUGAGCUGAUUUAAUGUGUGUUUAUAUAUAAAGUAUGCAAACAUGUUGGUUUUGCAAGGCUAAAUUGCCGAUACCACUAGGGGAAAACUAACCCGAGUUUGUUAUGAUUUGUUUAGAAUGGGUUAUUUUUACAAUGGUCUUGAAUAAAUACUUUUUGGUACUUCUA